AUGCCGGGGGUCCCUCCACGGGCGUAGCAAAGAGGAGGCAGGGAGGGGCCACUGCCCCCCAAAUCAGUAACAACCCAUAUAAAUGCAGAGCCAGCAGAGGUUCCGCCCCCCCCAUCCUGGCUACGCCCUUGGCUCCUUCGGAAGCUGAGGUUUCCGAGCUUGCAGAGCCCCCUGCGGUGGCUGCUUCUGCUGAGAUUCCCCAGGCGGGGCUCCCUGCUUCUGGCAGAGCCCUUUCCCCGCCAGCUGCUCCUCCUGCUCCUCUCGCCAGCCCGGAGGGUCCCCCAAAUGCCCUCUCUGGGGCGCGCUCGGCAGGCCAAGAGUUAAGGGGAGCGGAGCUGGAUUCCUAGAGGGGACCGGAAAUAGGAUGAAGGAGGGCGGGACCUCCGGAGGCAAAGCCCCACCCUUCCCGGAAGAGCGGGCUCUGGUCGCCUUCGCGGAGCUUCUCCGCUGGGUGAGUCUCCUCUCUCUCCCUCCGGAGGGUGCCGUGGGGAGAAGGGGGUCCCAGGGUUGCCGGGCAGGGUGCAUGGGGGGCUCCCCCCGCGAAGUGGGGAAGCAGAGGGUCCUCCCCUGCAGCUGCUCCCCCCUGCCCCCUCCCUCUCUGCAAACCCAGGGAGGGGCGAGAUCCCAGGAGGUUUGCAGCUGUGGAACCUCAGAACCGGAGACUUGGAAGGGAACCACGAGGGGCCUCGAGUCCAAGGCAGGAAUCUGUGCAAUGCAAGAAUCUCCACUAAAAUGCUGGGCAAUAUGGAGAAAAAGCGGGGGGGGGGGGCGCGCGCGCGUAGAAGUGGCAUAAAUAAAGGGAGGGGGCUCAGUCCAUAAUCUGGUGCAGCGUUUGGCACCAGUUUCCGAGUCCUCUUCAAAGGCAGCUCCACGUAGAGGGCAAUGCACUCAGCACAGGAGACUCCUAGAAUCGUAGAGUUGGGAGGGAUCCUUAUGGUCAUCUAGCCCAACCCUGUAAAAUGCAAGAAUGUCAACUUCCCAGGAAUCUGUUCCAUUGUCAAACAGCCCUUCCCCUUAGAUGUUUAGACAGAAGCUCCUUGAAUCCAUUGAGUCAAUUCCCGUCCUCUCAGGUUCCUCUUUUCUCAUCUCCCUCAACCAUUCCUCAUAAGGCUUGGCUUCCACACCCUCCUCUGCACACUUCCCAGCUUCCCAAUAUCCUUCCAAAAUUGUGCUGCCCAUAACUCCAGGUGGGGUCUGCCCAGGGCAGAAGAGAGUGGUGCUGUGAAUUCCUUUGAUCUGGCUGUAGCCUAGCAUCGCAUUAGCCUUUUUUGCUGCUGCAUCACACUGUUGACUCAUGUUCAGCUUGUGGUCUACUAAUACUCCUACAUUCUCCAUCUUACACCUGUAGAGCUGGUUCUUCCUGCCUAGGCGAAGAAUCUAACAUUUGUCCUUCUGGAAAUCCCUGAGUGACACCUGUACUUUCUCUAAGGCCCAUCUGCAGUUGGAAAGGCAGUGCAUCACCUCUUGAGAGAAGCAUCGUGCGCUCCUGGCUUUCCGCUUACCUUUGUCUCUUGCAGGGGACAGAAGGUUGCCAGCAAGACCUCCUCAUCCAUCUUUUCUUGGUGGCGGAGAGGAAGCAGCGACUGUGGAACCAGCUCAGGUAGGGGGAAGGAGCCUUGUGGGGAAAAAGGCGGAGGGGUGGGGCAGCCAGGGGGCUUCUGUAGUCCCAGGAAUCUCUCGCCUCUUCCUCUUGGCUUCUGUCAAAACUGCCCUUAACAAAGAUUGACAACAUUACUCAAGAAGGUUGAUGUGCUGAGAAUAAGGAACAUCCACCUCACCUUAAUUCUCCUUCUGAAUGUCCCUAUCACUAGUUGCAGUUUUAUUUGUCUAAUUAUUGUGAAAUACUAAAAUACACUUCUCACCAGUUUACAAACCAUAAAGAGCAGUAGCCAUGAUUCACCUAACCAGCCCCAUCUGUUGCAGAAUGGGACUUUCCCCACCCUCCCUCCUUUGUGCCCCAUGUGCCCUUGGAGCUUUCUUAAUGCACACAGCAAAAGACAUAAAAAUUAUUCCAUUAAGAUGUUAAAAGAAGCAUCCAUACUUAAAUUGUGCAGCAAAACAAUCCCAUGAAGACAACGCAGAAAACAACAAAACAAUUCGUACACUUCUUUGAAGUCUCUCAGCCCCACUCACCUCACAGAGUGUUUGUUGUGAGGGAGGAAGGGAAAGGAGAAUGUUAGCCGCUUUGAGACUCCUUAAAGGGAGUGAAAGGCGGGAUAUCAAAUUUGACUCUAUCAAAUCCAUACUCUGGUUUCUCUUCAGAUCGUAUAAAUCUUUCGCCUUUUACAAACUCUUCUUCUUCUCUUCUUCAUAGUAGAUAAUCAUUAUACUGGCUAAGAGGAGGACCUUUCUCUCUCUCUCUUUUUUUAAAGAGUUCACUGUCCUCUGAAGACAUCGCUGUUCGUUUCACGGGUGAGCAGUGGGCAUUGCUGGAUCCUGACCAGAGAACAGAAGUCAUAGAGGAGAAUUGUGGAAUCAUGGCCUCUCUUGGUAACCUUGACACAGGGCUUUAUAUUUUCCUUUUCUUUUGCGUCUUCUUCUUCAUCAUCAUCAUCUUUUAUUUAUCCAGUUUACUUUCUUUUUCUAUAUAUCCUCUAUGUUUCAUUUUCAUUUAGUUUGCCUUUCAUUGUAUCCUAAAUGGAACACUUUUAGUAAACAUUGAUACUGAAACCCCUGAAAACAAACUUCUUAUCUUAGUAUGAAAAGCGGCUCCUUCAGAGCAUGUGAGGUUCACCCCAAUUCAUCUCCAAAUCUUCAGAGGCAGAGUGUGAUACUGGUAUCUUUGCCCUGGCUAUCAUAAAUCAUCACAUAAGAAUCUCUGCUGGCAGAGCGGCAACAGCCAAGAACUAGCCAGCGUCCCCCACCCUGGAAGUCACUGCUUCUGUCCCUUUUGCUUCACCAAAGAGAUGACUGACAUUAGAGAUGGAACAGAUUUGGUGAUUGGGCCAAACAAAAUCCAUUCAAGAAAAGAGCCAGGCUUUUGGAAUCUCAGGUUCCCAUAUCCCUGAAUGCCAGUAAACAAAGCCAGUGAACCCUGAAGACCUCUCAUCUAUCUCCUUUCUAUUCUUCCUCUCUCACAAGCAUUAAUGAGCAUUGUUCAAUAAUUAGGGUUCUCCAUUUCUUGCUGAGGCUCUAAUCCAUUUUACUUUUCUCUUCAGGCGAUGAUGAAUUGGAAAUGAAGAUCAAGGGAGAGCAUGAUGAUAUUCACAUAGGGGAGAAACCAAACGAAUAUUUGGAAUGUGGGAAGAACUUUAGUCAAAUCUCCCAUUCAACUUCCCAUCAAAGAAAUUCCACUGGGAAGAAAACCUAUCAGUGCUGGAAAUGUGGAAAGAGCUUCAGUCGGAGAGGUCAUCUCAUUAUCCAUGAAAGAAUCCAUACAGGGGAGAAACCAUAUCAGUGUGUGGAGUGUGGAAAAAGCUUCAGUCACAGGUCCAGCCUUACUUCCCAUCAACGAAUUCACACAGGGGAGAAACCUUUUCCAUGCUUCGAAUGUGGAAAGAGCUUCACUCGGAGCGACUCUUUCAUUUCCCAUCAAAGGAUUCAUACAGGGGAAAAGCCUUUUCGGUGCUUGGAAUGUGGAAAGAGCUUCAGUGAGAAGUCCAAUCUCAUUUCCCAUCAAAGAAUUCAUUCAAAAGAAAAAUCAUUUCAGUGCUUGGAGUGUGGAAAGAGUUUCAAUGUAAGAGCCAGUCUCACUUUCCAUCAAAGAAAUCAUACAGGGGAGAAACCUUAUCAGUGUGUUGAAUGUGGAAAGAGAUUUACUCAGAAAAAAUGUCUCACUUCCCAUGAAAGAAUUCAUACAGGGGAGAAACCAUAUCAGUGCUUAGAUUGUGGAAAGAGAUUCACAUGGAGCAACUCUCUCACUUCCCAUCAAAGAAUUCAUACAGGGGAGAAACCAUUUCAGUGUGAGGAAUGUGGGAAAAGCUUCGGUAAGAAGGGUGAUCUCACUUCCCAUCAAAGAAUUCAUACUGGAGAGAAACCAUUUCAGUGUGAGGAAUGUGGCAAGUGCUUUGCUCGUAAGGAAUGUCUCACUUCCCAUGAAAGAACUCAUUCCUGGGAGAGCCCUUAUAAAUGCUUGGAAUGUGGAAGGAGUUUUAGUCAGGACUCCUAUCUCAUUUCCCAUCAAAUAAUUCAUACAAUGGAGAGACCAUAUAAAUGCUUGGAAUGUGGAAAGAAUUUUAGUCAGUAUUCCUACCUCACUUCCCAUCAAAGAACUCAUAGCGGGGAGAAUCACAGUGUCCCAGAAUCAUUGAAUUGUUGCAUUGGAUUGGAUGGUGAGAGUCAUCUUCUCCAACCCCCUGCAAUGCAGGAUAUUCAACAAAAGAAUUCAUGA